AUGAUGUCAUGGAAGUCUUUGGGCCGCUUACUGUCUGGAAUCAAAGGUGCUUAUAAUGAUAUUAACCCUGCGACCCUUACUGGAGCUAUCGAUGUAAUUGUUGUGGAACAACAGGAUGGCUCUUUUACCUGUGGUCCAUUCCAUGUCAGGUUCGGAAAGCUAACAGCUAUAUCUCCGGCUGAUAAGACUGUGGAAAUUUAUGUCAACGGUGAAUUUGUCGAUUUCUUAAGAAUGUGUUUGGGAAGUGAUGGUGACGCGUACUUCGUGGAUUCUUCAGGUUCAGUAACCGACGAAUUCUUACCAUCAGACACAGUUGGUUGCCCAGGUUUUGCGUAUGAUGAUACUUGGUCUGGGCUGUCCAUGCGUCGGCACCCGAGGAAAGUUCGCCGAGACUCAGCCAUGAGUGAACCUGGUACGGAAUCUAAAUUAAUAGAAGAGAAUAUUGAUGAGAUAAAUGAUUACGAAGUUUCUUCUGAUUGUGAAACUUUGGAUGAAUCAAUAAAGGACUCACUGAGGUGUCGGAAUUCUAUGAGUAACAACUUCGUUUCUGAUAGCCAGCUUGAUGAAAGUUCUAAAGUUGCUGUGAGGGAAUAUAGCUGGAACUGGGGUUCUGAAGACCCAAAAAAAUGCCAGUCUGUUAAUAGUUCAGAUAUAUCAAACAAAGACAAAAGUGUCGUUAGAGAUGAUGGGACAAUGCAAGUCAAUGACCCAUGUGGAAAGGGGUUAUACCUUGAGGAACUGGUUACACAACAAGAUCAAAAUAUUAAAGAAGCUUACAUAUACCCUCCAUCUCAUGUUAAUCCAUCCAGUCAUAGCCAAAGUUAUGGUUCAAUACAUGCAACCGAUAGUGGAUAUGCAGAUUACGGUUAUCGAUCCGAUAAUGAGCACACUCCCAGGAGCAUAUCGCCUGUCAGUCCACAGAUUGCAAGCUUGAGACUUUCAUUGUGUGGUGGUUUGUCACCCGACAAACCUUGUUCUGAGGAUAAGUUUUUAGAACACAUAGUUUCUUACGAAGAAUUUAUUCGUGAGCCCAAUGCCAUUCUGUCCAACCCGAAUCUUGUGGUCUAUUUCAAUGGCCGUUAUUGCAACUGGCAAAUAGCUGCUCCUUCUAUAGUUAGUGUACUUGCGUUUCAAACGCAGUUGCCUUAUUUGACUUUGCAAAGGUUAGAGAGCCAAUAUCUCCCCAAAAAGCAGUCUCGGCGUACUUCAUGGUUUAGCUGGGGCACUAGUUAUACACAGACUGUAACUGCAGACCCGGAACCUGUUAUACCAUCUAAAAAAGAAGAGGACAAACCACAGAAUUCUAACUGCAGCUGUUCGGAAGCAACUCCGGAACAGAGUAACCAAACAGUUACCAGAAUCAACAAGCUUUCCUCAAGCGAAGUAGCCAAAUUAAAACUGAAGCCUGGUCGAAACGAUGUAGAAUUCCGCUUAACUACAAAGUACCAAGGAACUUGUACAUGCUCAGCUUCCAUUUACUAUUGGCAUUGGUACGACAAGAUAGUUGUUUCGGAUGUUGAUGGUACCAUUACACGCAGCGAUCUCCUUGGACAUCUCCUACCUAUGUUGGGUCACGACUGGACGCAUCCUGGAGUUGCUCGAUUGUACAACCGUAUUCGAAAUAAUGGUUAUCAGUUUGUGUACUUAUCGGCUCGAGCACUUGGCCAAGCAGGGAUAACAAGAAGCUAUUUGCGACAAGUCGUCCAGGACUCGGCAUCCAGGCUACCAGACGGACCUAUCUUACUAUCUCCUAAUUCCCUUCUCCAUGCUUUCCACCAAGAAGUUAUUAUCAAUAAACCUGAAAUUUUUAAAACACAGUGUCUGCAAGAUGAAGCUGGAAUUCAACUGUGUCAUAUUUUUACAAUUAACCCACGUGGAGAAGUUCGUAAUGAAUAUCAGCAUGUCAGAAGUACAACAUAUCAGGAGUUAGGUGACUCGGUGGAUCUUUAUUUCCCGUCUUUAUGCAGUUCGCAAGCUAUAUCAAUUUCAUCACCAAUAGAAUCUGACUUAAAUCUCAAGGGUGAAAAGUCGACGUCAGCCUCUAAACACUCAUCCAAUCCUUCAAUGGACGUUGUAUCUGUUGAUUUGUCUACAUUUUCAAGUUUCUCUUUCUGGAAAUCUAAUUACGAGUUGUCUUUUCCUCCUCCAGAAGACUCAACCGAAAGUUGUUUUGAACAAGCUGCAGCGUAUCUUCCCAGAAUAGUUAAUUCUCUGGAUUCAAAUGUGUUACUAUACCUUUAUGCCAGAUACAAGCAGGCUACCACUGGUCCAUGCAAUGUUCCAAAACCAGGAAUAUUUGAUAUAAAUGGUCGUAAGAAAUGGUCAGCUUGGCAUGAUCUAGGGAAUAUGUCUACUGAAGAAGCACAAAAACAAUAUGUGGAAAAAUUACACGAAGUUGAUCCUACCUGGAAACCAUCAGAUACAAAACAAAGAUCUGUAUAUGUCAGUCGAAUGAUUAAUUUAGAUCCAAAUUCAAAUGAUCCACCGAUGACAUCUAAUAGUGAUGAGUCAAUUUUCAAUCUUAUUAAAGAAAAUGAUAUUGAAGGUGUAAAUAGUUUACUGUCGUCUAAAUCUGAUGAAGUUCAUGCAACAGAUAAAAAUGGUAUGACACCUCUUCAUUGGGCAUCUGAUCGAGGAUACUGUGAUCUAGUUUCUAUAUUAAUUAAGCAUAAUGCUAUGGUAAAUGCCAAAGAUACAGAAGGUCAAACACCUCUUCACUAUGCUUGUUCCUGUGGUCAUGAUGAAGUUAUCAAAGUCUUGUUAAAGUAUGGUGCAGAUAUUCACGCUAAAGAUAAUGAAGACAAUUCUGCUUGUGAUCUUUAUGAAGGGGAUUUCCAGGCAUUAUUCAAUGAUCAGAUAAACUCAUCAGCACACUUAUGAUCUGUGUUUGUACAUAUAUACAUAUAUCUCUUCUUCCUGCACUGUUUAUGAAUUACAUACCUUCAUUUUAUUGACUUUUUUUUCUUUUUCAUGAUUCAUUUUCUUUUUGCUCAUCAACACCGGUGUAAUACUGUUGCAGUCAGUUAUAAUUUCUACAGUGUUGAAUAAAAUAGUUGUUUGUAAUCAAUACAAUACUACAGGUGUUGAUAAUUUGUUUAGGAGAAAGCGAAAUGUAACGUUCAAUAUUUUUCUUCUUUCAAUAUCUCAUAUUGAAUAUUGAACAGGCUUAAAAACAAAUUCAGUUUUUCUCAUCUUGUUUAUUUAUUAUUCAUUUAUUCGUUUUUAUCUUUAAUUUCUUUUAUCAAUUAUUUUCCAAUUUUAUCCUUAUUUUAAUUUCAUAAAUUUUGCAUUUGUUAUAGAAAGAAAUUUUUCUGAAUAGAAAUCAAAUGUAAAUUAACUUUCUUGUAAG